AUGGCAACGACAAGGUGCGCAUUCUCGUCAUCGUCCUACCUCACGAUUCUUCCGCCAUCUCCACCACCACACCUUCUUCCUAGCAAACCACGGCUCCUAACAAGCAAUACCAGCAAGAAAAGCGACGCACCCACAAACCCUCGCGGCAUCCCCUUCGCCCCCUUCGUCGACAAUGUAUCCGACUACUGCACCACCCGCGCCGAAGUCGAGCCCACGCUAAAGUCCUUCUCCGAAAUGAUCCAAAAGUACCAAUUCAUGGAGGUAAACACACAACGCCGCGCCGCCGGCCUGCGCGAAAAGAUUCCAGAUAUUUCAAAGACGUUGGACACUGUCAAGUUUCUGAAGAGUAGAGACGAUGAUGCAGAAGAGUUGGAGAGCUUUNUUGAAUUGAACGAUACGCUGUUUGCUAAAGCCAAGGUGCCAAAGACGGAUGAGGUGUACUUGUGGUUGGGCGCUAAUGUCAUGUUGGCGUAUCCGAUGGGAGAGGCGGAAGAGCUGUUGGAAGGAAAGUUGGAGGCGGCAAAGAGUGGAUUGGAGAAUGCAGAGGAAGAUAUGGAUUUCUUGAGAGAGCAGAUUACGACACUUGAGGUCGCCACUGCUCGUGUCUACAACUGGGACGUCAGCAUGCGCAGAAAGGAAAAGGCCGAAGGCAAGACCUCCGAUUGA